UCUGUGGAAAGAGCUACGGAAAAAGAAAUCUCUCCUUGGUAAACUGAGCUAGAUUUACCAGCUCUUCAGCUGCAGCUGAAGGCGGGAGUCCAUGGAACCCCAGAAGCUGCUGAUAAUUGGAUUUCUGCUGUGCUCUCUAACUUGCCUCUUGUUGGAGAGAGUAGCUUCUCCUUCGCCUUUGUCUGCCUUGGGAAUACAACAAAAACCAGGAGGGAAACGACGCUCAGGGGGUAAUCAGAGGUCCUGGCUGAACAACUUCAGGGAUUACUUAUGGGAUCUUAUCAAGAGUGCCUUACCUCCAGCAGCCAUUGUUGCUUUUUUUCUCACCUCAGCAUUAAUGGGGAUCCUCUGCUGCUUCACGUAA